GCUUCUCAUUAGGGGGCAAAACAUAAACAAACCGCCAUCGAAAAUAUACAAAUUUGAUACAGUGAUUACUCAUUGUAAUUCUUUGAUUGUGUCGUCUGCUGGUUUUAGGAAUCUUUAAACAGCUUUCAAACAGCAUAUUACGGUGAAUAACGAAUAUUUUGGCCUCAUUCAGCGUUUGUAGGAGGCAGAAAAAAUAGGCGCAUCUGGAGGACUGAGAUUUUAGGGUAAUUUCUUUAAUAAAAUUAUGAAUGAAACUUGAAAAGAAAUGAAGUGCUGUUAUAUUAAACAGUUCUGUCAAUUCAUUGUCUUUAAUAAUAAAGCGAAAAACAUUACGAUACAAUUCAUUUGCAGUGCAGUGCUUCGUGGAGAAAAUGGCCGAGUGGAAGCAAAGUGAACCUUGCAACGAGCCUUGUGAUGAAAAUAUCGGGAUUCAAUCUAUAACACCGCAUUCUAGUAAAGUGGUUUGUAUAGUUCCUGGAUGUCGUACACGGAAUGGCCAAGGAUAUUCAUUCCACAACUUUCCCCCGAAGGCGGAUAGAAAAUGGUAUAAGGUUUGGUUGACAAAAUUGCGACUGAAUUAUGAGCCAUCUCCGUCGUCGAAAGCUUGCAGCUUACAUUUUAGCAUUACAAACUUUGUUGUUCCUACUGCGAGAAGGCUUACUGAACGGAUGAUUUUAAAAAGAACAGCCAUACCAGACAUCAACUUACCUAAACCAAUUUGUAACACAUUGAGAGAAAUAGCAGCUAAAAAUCGCGCAGAACGAGCAGCCAGGCGGAAUGAAUUUAAACCAGAUCUGAAUCAUUAUAUGGAGGACAGCCAAAUGUCGAUCUGUGAUGAUACUGAGGACGCAAUAGAUAUUAUUACAGCACCGGACUUUGAGCAAGCAGCUGUUAUUACAUCACCGGACUUUGUGCAAGCAGCUGUUAUUACAUCACCGUACUUUGUGGAAGCAGCUGUUCAGGUGGACACGCUUGAUUUGGAUAAACUUUUUAUCGGUCGUCGUAGAACUAUGUCUGUCCACUUUAACCGAUUCGGAGUUGAACUCCUGGACAGGGUUAGCUUUCCUCAAAAUGUUGGAUACCAUCGUUGAGGGCUUAUGUUCGUUGGCCGCGUAUAAGAAGCGAUCGCACUCUACCGUUCCUGUAGAAGAGGAAGUGCUUGUAGUGUUUGUGAAAAUGAAAACGAAUAUAUCGUUCUCUUGCAUGAGUGCUCUGUUUAUCUUACAUUACCAGACUAUUUCUCAGGUGUUUUACCGGACAGUUCCAUUGUUGAAGAUGAUGUGCACUCCAUUAGUACCAUGGCCAACACAAGAAGAAGUUAAUCGCAAUAUGCCACACUAUUUCCGACCAUAUUAUACUGACGUUAUCGCUGUACUCGAUUGCACUGAAAUGCCAAUUAAAAAACCAAAAUGUCUCCACUGCAGGAUCAACGCAUAUUCGCAUUAUAAAGGACGUGAGACUGCGAAGUACUUGAUUGCAGUUACUCCAGGAGGAACAAUAUGCUAUAUAAGUCAUGGAUAUGGCGGGAAGGCUUCGGAUAAGCAAAUAGUUACUGCGGAAAAAUUGCUCGAAAAAUUUAAAAUUGGUGAAGCAGUGAUGACCGAUAAAGGUUUCAGCAUAGAUACUGAAUGUAAAGCCCUCGGAGUGAAGUUUGUGCGACCACCAUUUCUAACGGCUCCUCGAUAUCAGCUGAGUACAAUGGAUGCUCGUGUAAAUGUUUCUAUAGCCGCGUCAAGAGUACAUGUGGAACGAGCUAUACAACGCAUAAAAUUUUUCGAAAUAUUCAACAACAAAAUCGAUACACGUUUUCUUCCUAUAUUGGAUGAUUUAAUAUACAUUGCCUGUGGAAUUGUCAAUAUUUCGAAGCCAAUUCUGUCAAACGAACGAUUUUAGAAUUAGAAUUUUUUUAUUAAUAAUACUUUAGAAUACAUAUAUUAAACAGACGAAUAUAGAUAUUUCAAAAAAACAUUAAAAUAAACCUCCUUCAGCACUGCUACCAUCGUUCUAACAUAAUCUGGAUCGAAUUGAACUUUCUGAACAUAGCAUUUAUCAUCAUAUUCUGAAUAGAUUAUAAAAUCUGCUACUCUACAUUUUGUUAUGAACAUAGUUAGUUGCAACUGUGCGUAAUAUUGAUGAUUUUUUUUCAAAACAUUUAAUCUUGUAAAAUAGGGAAGAAAAUCAAUUAAAUCACUCAAUGAUUUAUUUUCCCCUUCUUUUGGACACUUAAUUUCUAUUAUUCUCCCUUCGUUUAUAACAAUUCCGUCAGGAGAACAUCCCAGCCAUGAAAUAUGUGGGGGUAUUACGAAACCACAACUCCAAACGUUUUUUCUGUAGUCUCGCUCAUAUGCUGCUAUGGCUUUUGAUUCGCAUCGGAUCCCAUGUACGAUUGCUGGUGUUGAAAGAUGUUUCGGUGUCACCAUACUCAGGAUUUUACUUUUCCAAUUUUUGUUCUUGUCGGGUUGAUUUGUGUAGUAUGUAUACACAGAGUAUGCACUGGAUGAAGUGAUGCGCCGGCUUCGUUCUUUUUUCCAUUGCGAUGAUACUCUUUGUUCUAUAGUUCUUGUACAUAUUUUCAAAGACUCGUAUUCCGAUACUUUCACAUUAAUUUCGAAAUGAAGUUGCAGAUCCUUUUCUAACGGACCUAUAAAUUCCAUUAUUUCACGAUCGAUCAUCGUGAAGUUAUCAGGAUGAAACGAUCUUCUCAGGAAGGAUUUAAGUAGACUGCAAGUCAUAUUUUCUUCAAUAGAAAUUAACGAAUCAAUGGAUUCUGUAGAAUGACUUUGCACAUCUAUAUCGAGAAGUGUAUUCAGAACAUCAGAUUCAUCAUUUUUGAACAUCAGAUUCAUCAAUAUUUUUCAUUUCUCGUCCUUUCUUUUCGUAUGCCAGACCGCUUUCAGGGAAUCCUAAUAAUUAAUAAUUAAAAUUUUAUUUUAAAAAAUCGAUCAAUAAAUUGGAAGCAAACCUUUCACGAAAAGCUGAAGAAUGUUGGUACCCUCAUCGUGAGUCAAACCCGCCGGCGAGGCAGCUUCAGUCGUAUCUUUUGUAUUCGUCAUUUUUUUGCAGAAUGCGGUCAAUGAUGUUGUCUUGUACAUAUCGUCAGCAACUUUUUCUGCAAUUUUACCCCACUUUUGUUGCAAAUCUGUUACUGUAAGCAAUGGAACUGAAGGGAACCUAAAAAUAGAAAAAUUGAUUUUUGCCAUUUGUAUUCAAGAAAAUCACAAAAAACACAUUAGAAGAUGUUUCUAAACGGCCAUUAUGUGUUUGCAUUUUCCCAUUCCAGCUUUGCACGAACACUGAAAAGACCACUUUUCAAAGGAAGGUCUGGUGCGGAUGGAAAUUUUGUGUGGAUCAGCUCUAGGUGAUGAUGACUUCAAACAAGUCGCAAAUAUGGUAAAGCCGUCCUCGUGCACGGUUUGAACUCCGACAAGAAGCAAGUGGUUAGCUUGAAACACCCGUUCACCUUCGACUAUCAACCUGCUUCCUCCUCCGACGUAUUGAAAAAUAUCGGCAAGCUGCAAAUUUACCGCCAUCAUCGAAGAGUUUAUCGCAUUGGAUGCCUGUUUAAGAAAGAAAUAUUAAAGGUUUUCAUUAGCUUUUCAUUGCAUUAGAAAUAUUCCGGAACUAUUUUUUGUUCAAAUCGCACUAAAGUAACUAAAGAUUUUUACCACAGAUUCAGGAAGAAACCUCGAAACAUCGAUUUUCAUUCAUAAUUUUGAUUCGAAACGAGAGAUGAAAUUCCAAUUCGCAUAUCAUACUAGUUUUUGAAUAUUAAUUAUGGACGAACAAUACAAGUACGAUUUGCACGAAUGGUGAAAAAAGAUUAUGCAUAUGGUAUAUGAUAUUUUCUUACUCACCAUUUUUGCAGAAAGCUAUAGAAUCUCAAGAUAACUUUGAACAAAAAUUAUAGUUUUUCUCACUGCGUUUGUUUACGUUUCACAACCCUAAUUUGAAAUGUCAAACUCAAUGCCGUC